AUUGUUGACUGCGAACUAGACCACGACUAACUUGCGUUCUCCGUGGUCGAACGAGCUCAUUCUCGAUUCUUGUCUGCGCCAGAGAGUACUAUACUUAAUCCCGCCUCUGACUGUCGAAAAUGAAAUCAUCGAUCAUCGAAGAACAAUAGGAGUAACUGCACCCGUAAUCGCUCAAUGAAGAGAUAAUCGAGGCGCCGGGAGCAACUUCCUUUCGCUGCAGUUAUUUCCUUCCCGUCGAUACAUCGUUCAUUCGAUACGGUGAAAAUCGAAAGCGACUAUUGUGUUUGGAAGGUAUCCGUGGGAGCGGCUUUACUACGUGCGAAUGCCAGGAAGAGCGAAUGCUCGCCCAUUCUUGGAUGUAUUAUUAUAUCUGCACAGACAAACGAGGAGCUAUCGUAUAGGUGCACGGAUAUACAGGACGAGUAGAAAGAGUCAACGUAAUGAAGAGAAGGGAGAAAGUGACGUUGGUAUAUAAACACUUGGCCGUGACUUUGAAAGGCAUCAAACAGUUCGUGGCGAUUUAACACUACGGGUUUGAGCGCACUGGAUUCAUUCGAGCGUGAUCGUUGGGUACACCAGAAUACCAUGAGGAUUUUCAUAUUAACCGCAUUGGUGGCAACGGUGUGCGCCUCUUACGAGGAGGGCCAUGGCGGCUCCACCUACCACGAAACCUCGAAACCCGUGGAAAUUCCGAUCUACAAAAAGUACGCCAUACCGAUUCCGCACCCAGUUCCAGUGGCGGUUCCGCAACACAUCAAGGUGCCGAUCCCGCAGCCGUACCAGGUCGAAGUUGCAGUGCCGCAUCCAGUGCCGGUGGAGGUCAUCAAGCACGUAGAAAUCCCAGUGGAAAAGCCCGAGCCCUACGUAGUGGAGAAAAAGGUGCCGUACGUCGUCGAGAGACCAUACGCGGUGACAGUUGAAAAGCACUACCCAGUGCCCGUCCCGAAGCCGUACCCGGUCCAUGUACCCGUCUACAAGCACGUCUUCCACCAUCAAAAAAGCCACGGUUGGAAGCACUGAUCCAAAUAGAUCGUUGACACAAGCUUCUGAAGCAGUUUAGCCAAAAAUGUAACGGAUAGAAACGCGUCGUUUCUUGGAAUAAUACCACUUGUACAUAGUGUAUACUUAAUGUAUUGUUAUGCUGUUUAAAUAAAUUC